AUGGCUACCUCUACUCAAACCACCUUCAGGCCCUUUUAUGGAAAGGUCCCUGUAUUAAAGAUCAGACCAGUAUCAGCAAAACUGUCCACAGCCGCAGCAACCUUGGUUCGGAUCAACAAGAAGGCAAACGUCCCCGAUAUCACACAGACGACUGAGUAUUUAGAUGACGUCAGGACCGUCAGACCAGUUAAUCUUUAUAAUCCUAAUAUGAAGAAAGUUUUGGGAGAACUAUACACUGAUAUUAGAUACUUACAUCAGUUAAAACAAAAUGUUGAUAAGGAGAGUAAGGUUAUAACAGAUUUAAAUAUUGGUACAUUGGCAGAAACUGGUGUAAGAUUUCUUCAGAAUCGUACUGAAUUCUGGGACAACCUUGGUCCUCUUCCACCAGUAGUCAUGAAGAAAAAGCCAAAAUACCAAAGCAAUUUUAAAGGGAGCAUUGCUUCUAUAAACACCGAGAUGUCGCGGAGUACACGGAGAUCUAAUACGUCACUAUACAGUCGCGAGAAGAAGAAAGAAGAAAAAGCACCCGAAUCAGUUAUUCAGUUUGAAUUUAAAACAUAUCAACCUUCUCCAAGACUACCACCUCCCCCAAUACGAGCUGAUCGCCUAACUGUUAAAAUCGAAGAUAAUUCAAAGAUAUCUUCUGAUAAUCAAUUGUCCCUCAAUGGUGAUGACUUAGCUAAUGCCCAGAAAGAACGAAAUAUCCAAGUUGAACAAUAUUUCAAAAAAGCUCUUCAAGAUAUUCAAAAGGAUUUUGAGAAAGAAUAUUUUGAAUCGUGUGAAGAACGAAUUGAAGAAUGUUUACAAUGUUUGAAGAAUAUUCACAGUGAUAUAUUAGAGAAGAAGGUUGAAUAUGAAGUCAAACUGUACAAUAUCAAGGGUGAUCUAAUGUUUAAAUUAGGCUAUUGUGAGAAAGCUGUUGAUAAUUACCAAAAGGCUUUAGAAGGCUCAGGAACAUUAAGAGAAUUGCGGUUAUAUAUAUUAGGUAAUAUAAGUAGAGUUUUUACUCAUAAAGGAGAAUACAGUAAAUCAUUAGAAAUGUUGACUGAGCAAUCCAGGAUAACUCGAUCUGAUGGUGAAGUAGCAAUGGUUUUCUUAAAUCUUGGACAAUGUUUCCUAUCUUUGAAACAAUAUGAAAGCGCCAAUGAUUGUGGAACUAAGUCACUUGCAGCUUCAAAAAGAUGUAAAAGUCUGAAAUAUCAAAUCGAAUCCUUGGUUCUUUUAGCCAUUGCCUUGGCUCGUCUUAAUAAACCACAGCAUGCUUUGAAGAAAUUAUCUCGAGCUAAAUCAACCUUGAAUAAAAUAGGCACCAGAUUCUUACAUAACCUGAUACAAUCCGCAGAGACCAUGGUCAAUGCCAUCAACAAAUACAACCACCAAUCUUCUCAAUACAGAAAGCAGAAAGGAUCAGCAAUGUUUCCACAAAUUACAUCCCAUAAUGACGCCUCCUCUUUCAAAACCAAAGAUUCUUAA